CAAAACAUAGCAAGAUGAAACGUGUGUUUAUAAUCCCACUUAUUUUGUUGAAAUUUUGUGAUAUUUCUUGCGAUGACACUCUUGUUACAGUCAAACAAGGAACCCUUAGAGGUAGCUUUUUGACGACCACGACAAAUUUCAGAUUUAGAGCUUUUCAAGGAAUUCCUUAUGCAGCACCACCAAUCGGUUCUUUGAGAUUUUUGGCUCCCGAAGAACCUAGACCAUGGAAAGGUAUUUUAGACGCUACUAAAAAUACUAUUGUAUGCUAUACUUUGAAAUCUGACACUCUUGGGGAAAGUGAGGACUGUUUGCAUCUGAAUGUUUACACGCCUGUUUUAAGCAACAGAAAUGCGACUAAACUUCCAGUUUUACUCUGGAUCCAUGGUGGAGGCUUUAGUCAUGGAAAUGCACUUUAUAGCAACUUUGGACCGGAUUUUUUGAUUGAAAAGGAUAUUGUUAUUGUAACUAUUAGUUACAGAUUGGGUCCUUUUGGAUUUCUGGCCGCUGGAGACACCAUUAUACCCGGUAAUGCAGGCCUUAAGGAUCAAGCUGCGGCAAUCAAAUGGACUUUUGAAAAUAUCGAGUCUUUUGGAGGAGAUCCAUCAGCAAUUACUAUAGCAGGACAAAGCGCUGGCGCUUCCUCGGUGGGAUACCAACUUUUGCAUGAGAAAAAUAAAGGAUUAUUUAGAGGAGCUGUGUUGGAAAGUGGCACACCAUUAAAUUUCUGGAGCUACCUUUCAACGGACAGUUCAAGAGACUAUGUUUUUGAUUUGGCCAAGCAAAUUAAUGCUUCUAUAGAUUUCAAAAAUAGUUCCGAGCUAGUUUUAGAAUUUCUACAAAAUGUAGAUGCUGAAGCAAUUAAAGAAGGUUCUGCAUAUACAAAAAUAGCAAGGCCAUUGCCUGUUAUUGAACCCAUACAUGAUAAUGCAUUCUUAACCGAAAGCCAGUAUCAAUUGCUAAAAACUGGUGAUUUUAUUCAGGUACCUAUUUUGAUCGGUACUAAUUCGGAAGAGGAGAUUCAUAAAGCUAAAGAUUUAAUUAAUUUGAAGAAGGAAUUGGAUCAAUUCGAAAGCAACCCUGAAAAGUUUAUUCCAAGUGAUUUUGUCGUAAAAGAUGGAGUGAAUAGAAGUGAAGUUGGGAAAGCUAUUAGAAAUUUAUAUUUGCAAGAUGUACCUGAAGACUCAAAGAUGGGCCAUAUUGUCAAAUACCUAAGUCAUUUCCAGUUUACCACCGCAGUUAUAAAACAUGCCGAUUUGGUUUCAAAUUACAUCGAUGUAUUUUUCUAUGUGUUUUCUUAUGAUGGCCCGAUGGGAAAUGUGAAUGUAACGAUAAAAGGUGCUGAUAAAAUCGAUCAUGCAGAAGAUCCAAAAUAUUUAUUUUUGAAAUUUGAUAAGAGCUACUCAAACACGGAUUUAUCCAAAUUUCCUGAAAGUGAUAUAAUAACACAUAAAAGGCUGAUAAGCCUAUGGAGCAAUUUUGUUAAGUAUUUGCAUCCAACACCAGAAAUUUCUGCGUUGCUACAAAAUAUUACUUGGCCCAAAUUUAAGUUACACGAUCAUAAAUAUGUGGAUAUAGGAAGAAAUUUGGAAGUGAAUAAGAAUCCUAAAAGCCCAUAUUAUAAAACAUGGGUGGAGUUUUAUGAAAAUUGGGCGAAGAAACCAUUUAUAACAUUCUAAUAGUUUUUUAACAAUUUUUAAACUAUUCACAUAUUAUUUCAAUAAAAAUAUUUUUAUUUUUGUUUUAUCUUUUAAGUGAAUGGGCAACGUUGAAUAAAUGUUUGUAAGAUUUUCCAAUAUAAUAAUAACACUUUCAAGUGUCGUCAAUCAAAUACCUACUAAUAGAUAUUUAUUUUAUUAGGAUUAUAAGUGUCACUUAUGUGUGACGCCGCGUAUGGAAAUGAAGAAUCAAAUCUAUGAAGAAUAUACUCCGAAUGAAAUACAAUAUUUCAUUUUCAAACGAUCCUGUUUCGAAAUAGUGCACAAUUUUUAAUUUUAAUUAGGUAUACCUGUAUGUACUGGUGAAGUAUCUUAUGUCGCUAUGUCUAGACUUUUUAACUUUUAAUUUUUUAAGAGUGGGGCAAGAAGUGAAGUUAAAAACUAUCGUGCAAUUUCAAAAGUAUGUUUGUUCAGUAAGAUAGUUGAGCAGAUUGUAACUGCUAAAAUUACUCCUCUGCUAGAACCACACAUUAAUCAAAGUCAGCAUGGUUUUUUUAGUGGAAGAUCCACUGUAAGUAACUUGCUGGAGUAUACUGAAUACUUGUCUAGGGCCUUGGAGGCUCUCAGUCAGGUUGAUGCAAUCUACACGGAUUUCUCCAAGGCCUUUGACAAGGUUGAUCAUAAAAUUCAUUUACACAAGUUGUCACUGUAUGGACUAUUUGGAUCUUUUCUUAAAUGGUUAGAAAGUUAUGUAUCGGAAAGAUUUCAAAUUGUAUCUAUUAAUAAUUGUCUGUCCUUUUCCAUAAAGGCUUGUUCAGGGGUGCCUCAGGGUGGACAUCUAUCACCAUUGUUAUUCAAUCUAUUCAUCAAUGAUUUGUGUCAAUGCAUACAAAAUACCACUUUUUUACUUUUUGCUGAUGAUUUCAAAUUGUUUUCAAUGGUUAAUGAGAUAACAGACUGUCAUGGAGUUCAACAAGAUCUUGAGCGUUUUAGUUUGUGGUGCUCAAAUAAUUGUUUAUCCUUGAACACAGACAAGUGUAAUGUUAUGAGAUUUUUUAGGGUGCAGAAUCCAAUAAUAUUUGAUUACUCUGUCAACAAUGUAAUAAUUAAUAGUGUUGACAGAAUCAAGGAUCUUGGUGUAUUUUUUGACCAUAAAAUGGACUUUAGUAUUCAUAUUGGAAACAGCUACAAUAAAUGUUUAAGAUUAUUAGGGUUUAUGUCUCACACUUUGGAGGAGGUAAAUAACAUUUAUUGUUUCAAGUUAUUGUACUGUUCCUUAAUUCGUUCUAUUGUUGAAUAUGCCAGUCCUGUCUGGAAUCCGCAUUAUCUUAAAUACAGGGAAAUUCUAGAAAAAAUACAGAGAAGAUUUUUACGAAUUAUUAAUUACAAACUUAAAAUACCGAAACAAGAUAUUAAUUAUGUCUCCCUGCACAGUUUAUUAAAUUUGGACUCCUUAGAGAAUAGAAGAUUUAUGUUAGACGUUAGAUUUCUGUUCAAACUGAUGAAUAACAAUGUGGAUAGUCCAAGAUUACUAGAAUUGGUUUCUCUAGAAGUUCCUCAAAGGACAACAAGAAAUUUUUCAUUGUUCCAUAUUGAUUUUCAUAGAACUAAUUAUGGAAUGAACUCGCCUUUGAACAGAAUGGCUAGUUUAAUAAACCAAUUAGAUAUUGAUAUAUUUAAUGUAUCUCUUAGACAGUUCAAUAGAACAGUAAAUGAGUUCCUAAAAAAUAGAAUUUAAGUUUGUUGUUAAAAUAAAAUUAAAAUAGUUUUUGUUAAGUUUAUACCUAUGAAAUAGAUUUUUAUGAAAUUAUUGUAAAAACAUUUAUUGUUCAAAUGUAAAUGGUAUAUCCGUUGAAAUAAAUAAAU